AUGGAAGCAAAGAAAGAAGCGCUUAAAGCGAUAGAGAAUGCGGAGAAAAGGUUUGCUCAUAGAGAUUUUGUUGGAGCGAAAAGUUACGCCUUAAAAGCGAAAACAUUGUGUCCUGGAUUGGAGGGUAUAUCUCAGUUGGUGACCACUUUUGAAGUUUACAUUGCCUCUCAAGUUAGUUGUAAUGGUGAACUAGAUUGGUAUUCUAUUAUGGGGUUAAAACCUUCGACGGAUAUAGAAGCUGUGAAGAAACAGUACAAGAAGAUGGCGGAGUUGCUUCAUCCUGAUAAUAAUAAGUGUGUUGGAGCUGAUGGGGCGUUUCAUCUUGUUUCUGAGGCAUGGGCCAGGCUGUCUGGUGGUUAUGAUAUGAAGAGGAAUGUGCAGUUGGGUGCUGGGCAUGGACUUAAUCACAAUGGUUUGUCGACUGCUCGUGCCUCUGGUGGUAAUCAGGAGACUUUUUGGACAAUUUGUACUUCUUGCAAGGUUCAGUAUGAGUAUCUGCGCAAGUAUAUAAAUAAGAAACUUUCUUGUAAAAAUUGCCGUGGGAUUUUUAUUGCUGUCGAAACAGCCCCGGCAAAUGGGUCAUUCCCUUAUUGUCCUUGGUCGUAUGCGUCUAGCAGUGGUUAUGGAAGCCAUUCGUAUGAGGGAGUUGCAUAUGCUCCCAGUAAUGGCACCUAUUUCAACGGAAAUGGGGUUACCGGACACCAUUUGGGACACGGGUAUGUUUCUAAUGUUCCUUAUCAAUUGAACUCUGCUGGAUACGUCAAUCAAAAUGGAUCAUCUACGUCACCUACUUGUCAGGCCAAUGGGAAUGUAAAGCGGGGAAGACCAAAAGUUAAAUCAGAAGCUGAUAUGAAGCAUUGCAUGACAGAGACAUUGGUUAAUAUAAAUUCAGUUGUAUCAUUCUCCCAGAAUGAACCGCAAGAGGUUAAGCCGAGUAGACCUGAGAAGAAAAGGAAAGUUCUUGCAGCCAGUUUAAGAAUUGGCCAUGAAGGAAAGGGUUCAAAAUGUGCUUCAGAGUCAACAUUGGCUAAUGGGAAUGGAAGCGUUGGGCAUUGCCAGAAGCUUUCCAGUACAAAUGAAGUUCCAACCAAACAGUAUUCCAUGGCACCAGGUUUUGAUGCAAGAAAAUUAUUAAUCGAGAAGGCCAGGACAGAAAUAAGGAAAAAACUGGAAGAGAUGAAGUUGGCAUCUGAAGCUGCAGCUGCUGUUAAUGAGAGAAAAAAGUCUCAAGCUGAUGUUGGUCAGGUCAAAGGAGGUGCAUACAUUAAAGCAGCUGUUAAUGUUUCUGAUAACCAGUUGGAACUUAGGAAAACUGUUCCAGUGACAAUUACUGUCCCAGAUUCUGACUUUCAUGAUUUCGAUAAAGAUAGGUCAGAGCCAUGCUUCAAACCAAAGCAAAUAUGGGCCUUGUAUGAUGAGGAGGACGGAAUGCCCCGCUUGUAUUGUCUGAUCCGCGAGGUUGUCUCUGUCAAUCCAUUUAAGAUUAACAUAAGUUACUUGAGUUCGAAAACUGAUAGUGAGUUUGGCUCAGUAAACUGGCUUGUUUCAGGUUUCACUAAAUCCUGUGGAAAUUUCAGGGCCAUGACCUCUGAUGUUGUUGACCAAGUUAACAUUUUUUCUCAUGUUCUAAGCAGGGUGAAGGCCGGUCGAGGCGGCUGUGUUCGCAUAUAUCCUAAAUGCGGAGAAAUUUGGGCUGUUUACAGAAACUGGUCUACAGAUUGGAAUCAUUUGACAUCAAAUGAGGUAAGGCAUCAGUAUGAUAUGGUGGAGGUGUUGGAUGAUUAUUCCGAGGAGCUUGGUCUUUGUGUUAGCCCCCUUAUUAAGUUGGAUGGAUUCAAAACCGUGUACAAGAGGAAUGCAGACAAAAGUGCCAUUAGAUGGAUACCAAGAAAAGAAAUGCUGCGUUUUUCGCACCAAGUGCCUUCGUGGUUGUUGAAGGGUGAGGAAGCAAGCAAUUUGCCCGACAAGUGUUGGGACCUUGAUCCAGCUGCAACUCCCGAUGAAUUCCUUCAUGCUGCUAUAGAAACAAACGCUUCCUAG